AUGAAACAUGCUUCCUUGUCACAAGUCCAACAAAGCAAAGUCAGAAGACAUCUCUUAGUUGGUAACGUCUUUCUUGAAGAAGUAAGGGAAAGCAAACAGAGUAUUUCCUAUACUAAACGUAAUAUUCUUCAUCGCCUUGCAGCUGGCAAAAUAGCAAAGAAAUAUAGAUGUAUCCGAUCUUUAAGUAGAUUAACGGGUUUAAGCAGAAAUCAUCUGGGUAGGGUGAACUCCAAAAGUGUUAUCUCCAAUAAUUUUCAUAGGUUAAGAGAAGUUCGUAUAUUCAAGCAAAAGGUCAUAGAAUUCAUGGAAAGAGAUGAUAAUAGUCGCACCAUGCCUGGAAAGAGUGACUUUACUAAAAUAAAUCAUCACACCAAAGUUACCACCAGAGUUCUCACAGAUUAUCUCUCUAAUUUACACCAGAAAUACUUAUCUGAAAACCAUGAAGUAAAAUUAUCGUUAGCAUCAUUUUCACGUAUAAGACCCAAACACAUCCGCAAAACUGCUUUUAUAUCAAGGAGUACAUGUCUAUGUACCCGCCAUCAGAAUAUGGCUCUUUUUCUUAAAGCUAUUCAACGCUCGGGUGCCUCAGUCCCUUCAAACCCAGAAAGUUUUUUGCGUGAAGUUACAGAUUUAAGACAGAUAACAGAAAGCAUAACUGAAGAAGAAAUUACCUUUGGACAGUGGAAGAGAGUUCCAUUUGAAGAGAAAGGUAAGACAAAGAUGGUAAUGAAGAUAGUUGAAGAAAAGGUUAUUAAAGCAGAAUUCGUUUCAAAAUUGACAAGUCAGUUUGAAGACUUUAAGGCGCAUGUUAGCUGGAUGAAAAGGCAAUAUUCUGAAAUUCAAAGCCUUAAAGAACACCUACCGAAAAACGAUGUCAUUAUACAUAUGGACUUUGCAGAAAACUAUAAUUGUAAGUCAGUUGAAGAAAUCCAAUCUGCCUAUUGGAAUCAGACAUCUGUGACGCUUCAUCCUGUCGUUAAUCUACUACGCAUCGGAAGAAAAGGUUCUUGA